ACAUACAGUCAUGGAAGAGGCAUUGCUGCUAGUGGCAGGAGCCAAGGGCGAAGAGAAAAAAUGCUGUGGCUUGGGGGAGGAGCUAAAGAAACUCAGCUACAUAGCGGCGCCAAUGGUUGUUGUGUCAGUGUCUCAGCAACUCUUGCAGGUUGUGUCCGUUAUGAUGGCUGGCCAUCUUGGCGAACUUUCUCUUUCUGGUGUCGCCAUUGCAAACUCUUUCACCGCCGUCACUGGUUUUAGUCUCCUUUUUGGAAUGGCUGGUGGAUUGGAGACUUUAUGUGGGCAAGCAUAUGGAGCAGAGCAAUACAAAAAACUGGGCACCUAUACUUACUGCUCUAUUAUUUCUCUUAUUUUGGUAUGUAUUCCAGUAUCUCUUCUUUGGAUGUUUGUGGAAAAGAUUCUGAUAUUUAUUGGUCAGGAUCCUUUAGUUUGCAGUGAAGCUGGAAAAUACUCAAUUUUUCUAAUCCCUGCACUGCUUGCCUAUGCUGUACUCCAAUCAUUGAUACGCUAUUUUAUAACUCAAGGGUUGAUUCUUCCAAUGCUCUUAAGCUCAUGUGCCACUCUAUGUUUCCACGUUCCUCUUUGUUGGGCUUUGGUAUAUAAGUUCGAACUAGGAACUACUGGAGCAGCAUUAUCCAUUUGUUUCUCAUAUUGGUUGACUGUAAUAUUUCUUGUGAUAUACAUCAAGUAUUCUCCUGCCUGUGAAAAAACCCGAGUUUCAUUUUCGCUUGAUGUAUUUCUAAGCAUUCCAGAGUUUUUCCGGUUCGGUCUCCCCUCAGCCGUUAUGUCCUGCCUUGAGUGGUGGUCAUUUGAGAUACUUAUCUUGCUUUCGGGCCUUCUACCAAAUUCAAAACUUGAAACAUCAGUUCUUUCUAUUUGCCUCUCAACAACAUCAUUGCACUAUUUCAUACCUUAUGGUGUUGGUGCAGCAGUAAGCACUCGUAUUUUGAAUGAGCUCGGAGCUGGGAAUCCACAAGGGGCUCGAGCAGCUGUCAUUGCAGCAACAAUUAUUGCAGUAGUAGAGGCCAUUUCAGUGAGCAUAAUUCUCUUCUGUUGUCGUUCUGUUUUGGGAAAUGCUUACAGCAAUGAGAAGAAGAUUGUGGAUUAUGUUGCCCAGAUAGCUCCACUGCUUUCUCUCUCAGUUCUCAUGGACAGCCUGCAAUCUGUUUUCUCUGUUCUGUUGCCUAUCUUAACGUUCACUGAGUUUACAUUUAGGCCUAUUUUAUUUUUAAUAUUUUCCCAUUUCCAAAUAGGGGUUGCUAGAGGAACUGGAUGGCAACGUUUAGCAGCUUAUGUCAAUCUUGGAGCAUACUAUUUGGUGGGACUUCCACUUGCUUUGGUGUUGUGUUUUAUGUUACACUUAAGAGGAAUAGGGCUUUGGAUUGGAAUAUUGGCUGGUUCUACCACUCAAUCUCUUUUGUAUGCAUUCAUAACAUCCUUCACUAAUUGGCAAAAGAAGGCAAUUGAGGCAAGAGAAAGGAUAUUUGAGCGGACUAGCGUUGCUGGGAGUUAUUUAAGUUGAACUAAGCAAGCCAUUGUGGGUAACAUUUAAGAGCGCCUUGCACAUUUAGUCGCAGUUCAUCUACCCAUUGCGCCGACCCAAACAUAAUUAAUAUUCAUAUUAUGACGACCUAGACACAAUCACUGAUCGUGUUGUGUCAUCUCAGUCACAAUUACUACUUGUGUCAAGUUGCGCCUAGCCUAGCCUAUAAAGUGCUUGUACCUUAUAUGAUAUGAUGCUCUUGUUAUAUUUUUGUU